AUUUAAUUACAUUUUAUUAAAAAUUUAGUGAAUUUAUAAAGCGAAUUUAUGUUCACAUCUAACACAUUCGAGAAAAAUGUUAUUAACAACGUUCAUCGUUAGCUUAUGCUUUACAUUUUCUCUACAAUCUGAUGCUUCAAAUUUGCAUCAGCCUUUGAAGAGGAUUUUUCCAACGCCAUCUUUUCCAGAAUUAAAUGAGCGAUUUAACAUUCCUCCUAUUAUUAAGCCAAUACCUAAACCAAUUUUUAAUUAUGAAAAAUUUGGAUUAAUUAAUAACGAAAGAAAAUUUAUUAACAAGAGACAUAAAUAUUUACAGAAUUCUAAUCCUACAGAUCAAGAGAAAACAACAGUAGAAUAUAACUUCGGCAAUAAAUACUACAAUCCAUUUUUUAAUAAUAAGACAGAAGAAUCAAAUAUAAAAAUGGGUGAUAUCUUUGAAAAGCACAGACGUUUUAUUCCUCCAUCAUCCGAAUAUUCAAUAUUGUCCAUGUCUUCAGGUCAACAUCAGGGAACGAAGUUACAGCCGAUUAAUACAAAAACAGAUGUCAUACCAAAACAAAAAAAUAAAGGAAUUCUUCAAAUGCAACAAGUUUUAAAUUUAAUAUGCAAAAAUUUUAGAGAAGAAUUUGUACAAUGUGGAUGCGAACGUACUUGCACUAACAUUAAUGGAGAAUGUACUUAUAAACCGUGUGAAGCAAGUUGUUAUUGUAGAAAUGGAUGGGUUCGAGAUACAGCAGAAAACUGUCUUCCAGUUUCAUAUUACUGCAAAAAUCCUUUAAAAUAUUCUAAUGCGAUAAAUAAUCCACAUGAAAUUCACGAUAUUUCAUCUCAAGAAAGCAGAUCUGCACAAUAUAUGCAAUUGCAACAAUCUUCUCGAUUGACUCCCGUGCAAUUCAACAAACCUCGUGUGUCAAUAGUUUGCACUCUGUCACAUGAGAUAAAUUAUCUUCAGCCAUCUUAUAUUUAUCCUAAUGAAGUUUAUGAUAAAUUAAAAAGGGGAGCUAAUUUAAUAACAGAACCGGAUUACCAUAAAUCAUAUCGUGAAGAAAGGAAAACCUUUCAGAAUGCAGAAAAUAAUUUAAAACCCGUAACUAAUAGAAAAUCAAAUGCUCCUAUCUGUAACGAAGACGAAGUGGCUGUUGAUUGCAUUUGCGAGAGAACUUGUGAAGAUCUUCAAGGAACGAGGUGCCAAUCAAGCUGCGAGAGAGGAUGUGUUUGCAAAAAUGGAUUUGUGAGAAUUGGCAGAAAAUGCUUCGAAAUUUCAGCGUGCGAUCUAACUUUAAAUCAUGAAGAACAGAAAAAGAUAUCCUCGAAAGAUCAAUUAAGAAACCGAAAAUCUUUAGACAAGACGCAUUGAAAACUCUUGUUGCAGUUUAUGAAAGUAAAAAUAUGAAUAUAGUUGAAAUUAAAUUGUUUUUUUCUAAGAUCUUUCAUCAUUAUUCGUGGUCUUUGCCUGAACAACCGGUUGGCCAUGUGGAGUUUCUCGGGUUUUCUUCGUGUGUCUAAUACCUAAGUAGAUAAUUAAGUUUCCCAUAAAAGAUUUCUCGGAAGUCGAUCUACCAAAAGACAUGUUUAAUCGUUCAUGUUUGCGUUGCCUUAUUCCGACAUUACAAUUCAAUCUAACAUAUUUAUAAAACUUGGAUCUCAUGUGGAAAAAUACAGUUUAAGAAAAGAAAUAUAUAAUUUUAUUAGUAUAUAAAUUGUAUACUUUUUUUAUGUACCUUUCAAGUGUUUCACUGUAAUAAUAUUAAUAAAAUUUGUCAUAUUUUUUAAAAAAUAAUCUUAAUUAAUAACCUUCUUAUCAAUAACUUUCCAACAUUAUAUUAAUCUACGCUCAGAAAGGCCUUCCGUCCUGUUGGAAGUCCUUCCUAAGCAGUUGGUGGAUAUCAAUAACUGCUGAGAAAGGACUACAGCAGCAGUUGGUAAAAGCCAAUUCACAUCUGAUUACGCGAGAAAUGAGCAAGAUACUUGAUUGUGAACAGUAACUGUAGUUCGUCACUUAACUGCCAUUGGAAGAUCUACAAGAUUACGGAUGAACAUUGCGAGUUUUCUUCAUGACAACGUAACACCACACGUGUCGAGUUUGACCCGGCAGAAGCUGCUCGGCCUCGGCUAUGAGGUUCUUCCUCACCUUGUAUAUCCCGAGCAUUGCACUAUCCG